AUGGGAUUUGGGGAGGAUUUUCGGUGUCCACAGGCGCAUGCAGCCGUCCUGAGGCUGCUGGACUCAGAGCUUCAUCUGAUGGAGGUCAUGAAGAAGUGGAUGGGUCAGAGGGCCAAGAGCGAGCGGGAGUUUUCAGUGCAGCUGCACCAAAUGACCGCCAUGGUGGAGAAGAUGGAGCGACCUCAGACCCAUGCCGGACUGGAUUACAUCAGUCAGCUCAACAAGUCCUGGGGGGUGCUGGUGUCGCAGACGGAGUCCCUGAGUCAGAUCAUGAGGAGGCGCUCUGAGGACCUGCAGGACGGUCCCAUCAGCAAACUGACUCUGCUCAUCAGAGACAAACAGCAGCUCCGUAAGACGUACGCCGAGCACUGGAACCUGCUGACGCAGGAGCUCAACAAGGUGACCUGCUUGGAGCUGGAGCGGCUGAAGAACAGCUACAGGCAGGCACAUAAAGAUGCAGCUCAGGCGAAGAGAAAGUACCAGGACUCAAAUAAAGAUAAGGAUCGAGACAAGAACAAAGAGCGUUACAUCAAGGCUGUGGGGAAGCUCCACGAGCUCCAUAAUGAGUACGUCCUCUCUGUGCGAGCCGCUCAGGUGUACCAUCAGCAUCACUGCGGGCACAUGCAGCCGGCUCUGCUCGGCGCGCUGCAGACGCUGCAGGAGGAGAUGGUGCUCAUACUAAAGGAGAUCCUGCAGGAGUACUUCGACAUCUCCACCCUCCUCCACCAUGAAGUGGUGACUCUCCACAGGGAGAUGUCCACCACUCUGACAGCCAUCAAUCCUCACAGCGAGUACGAGAACUUCAUCCAUCAGAACAGGUCUGUGGGGGAGAUUCCUGCUUGUGCAGACUUCGACUGCAGCCUUCUGGAGGACAUCGAGACUCUGAAGCCCAAAGAAAUCGAAGUGAAUGACCUCACACUUGAGACUUUACAGCACAAACUGACUGGGAUAGAGGAGGACCUGCUGGACCUGGCUCACUCCCUGGGCUCGCAGCAGAUGUUGGUGGAACAGCUGGAGCUGGAGCUGGAGGACGAGCAGGAAGGUGUGAGAAAAGGCCAGAGGGUUUACCAGUUCAGUAAGAGACAUGCCAUGGAGGAGUGCCGGCAGCAAGUUGCUCUCUCCCAAGGCUUCAAGGCCAAGCUGGACAUCCAGAGACUUCUGCUGAAGGAGAAGCUGGACCAGCUGGGAUCCAAGGAGCCUCCUCUGGCCCUGAGGCUGGACACAGACACCGUUUCACUCACAUCCAGUACAUCCAACGUACGCUCUCCCUAUGCAGACCUUUACUGUUCCUCUGUGGAUGGCAUCAUAAACAACCUGAGCAGCUUUUUUAAACCCAAACACGAGGUUGACCAGGUCCACUCCUUUGUGCAGGAUGUGUACGUGGACCGUCCUCUGGGACAGCAGGACUGGUACCACGGAGCCAUCCCCAGACUGGAGGUCCAGCAGCUGCUGCAGAACGAUGGAGACUUCUUGGUGAGGAAGAGUCAGGAAAAGCACGGUUAUGUGCUGUCUGUGCAGUGGGACGGAUCCUGCAAGCACUUCCUCAUUCAGUACACGGACAAUCUGUACCGUCUGGAUGGAGAGGGCUUCUGCAGCAUCCCAAAGCUGAUCCAUCAUCUACAGUCGUCAUGGCAACCCAUCACCAAGAGGACAGAAGUUGUACUGAAGAAACCAGUACUGAAGGACAAGUGGGUCCUGGAACAUAGAAACGUCAUCUUGGGACCCCUCAUUGGUCGGGGGAACUUUGGGGAGGUGUACAGAGGACGUCUACGAUCUGAUAACACUCCUGUUGCUGUGAAAUCCUGCAAAGAGAACCUGGCUCCAGAACACAAGAGUAAGUUCCUGAUGGAGGCCAGGAUCCUGAAGCAGUACGACCAUCCGAACAUUGUGAAACUGAUCGGAGUCUGCACUCAGGAACAGCCCAUCUACAUCAUCAUGGAGCUCAUUCAGGGUGGAGACUUUCUCUCCUUCUUGCGUAACGAGGGUCACAAUCUGAGGCAGAAGAUGUUGGUGAAAAUGACAGAAAACGUGGCAGCAGGGAUGGAGUACCUGGAGCGCAAGAAGUGUAUCCACAGGGACCUGGCAGCGAGGAACUGUCUGGUCGCAGAGCACAACGUGGUGAAGAUCAGUGACUUCGGAAUGUCCCGAGAGCGAGACGAUGGGGUCUACUCUGCAGAGGGUGGACUCAGGCAGAUCCCUGUCAAAUGGACCGCUCCAGAAGCCCUGAACUAUGGCCGUUAUACCACUCAGAGUGAUGUGUGGAGCUUCGGCAUCUUACUGUGGGAGGCCUUUUCUCUGGGAAUGACGCCUUACACCAGCAUGAACAACCAGCAGACUCGGGACGAGGUGGAGCGAGGGUACCGUAUGUCUGCUCCUCACGGCUGCCCCGUCGAGAUCUCCACCGUCAUGAACAACUGCUGGCAGUACGACCCCAAAAACAGACCCACGUUUAGGAAAGUUCGAGCAGAACUCGCCGUCAUAUACAACAAAGUUACAUGA